CACGAAAAUCGUCAUUUGUUUUUUGUGAGAAAGCAUUCGGCUCGCAAUCAUUUGCAACAACCACCUCUUGAAUCUCUCGUCCCAUCAAUUAAAUCAAGCGGUGAAGGGCAAGCAAGAUGGUACUGGAAGUAAUGACGAUGAACCGCUUGCGGCUUGCGGUGGGAAAGAUUCGAUGCGGCCCAAGAAUUCCUGCUACUACUUCCCUGGCUUCCUUCAGUGGCCACCAGCAGCGAUGGAUGAGCGAUAAUCAAUUCGAGCAUCGAAAUAUCGGAAUCAGUGCUCACAUUGACAGUGGCAAGACCACCCUCACAGAGCGAAUUCUAUUUUACACGGGCCGUAUCAACGCUAUCCAUGAUGUCCGUGGCAAAGAUGGUGUCGGAGCCAAGAUGGACAGCAUGGAUCUAGAGAGAGAAAAGGGUAUCACCAUCCAAUCUGCUGCCACUUUUUGCAAGUGGAAAGAUACGCAUAUCAACAUCAUUGACACUCCUGGUCACGUUGAUUUUACCAUUGAAGUGGAACGAGCUCUUCGAGUUUUGGAUGGGGGAAUCCUUGUAUUGUGUGGAGUUUCGGGGGUACAGUCCCAGUCUUUGACUGUUGAUCGUCAAAUGAAACGCUACAAUGUGCCGCGCCUUGCGUUUGUGAACAAGCUGGAUAGACAAGGGUCAAAUCCGUGGAAAGUAGUCAACGAUUUGCGUGGUCAACUAAGCCUCAAUGCAGCCGCUGUUCAAAUUCCCAUUGGAUUGGAGAACUUUCACGAGGGUGUUGUGGAUUUGAUUGAGCAAAAGGCUUACAUCUUUGAAGGCGCCCACGGAGAGAAUAUAGUGGAAACAGAUGAAAUCCCAGAUGACCUGCAGGACCUAUACACCGAAAAGAGGACUGAACUGAUUGAAAAGUUGGCGGAUGUUGAUGAUGACAUUGCCGAACUAUUUCUCAUGGAAGAAGAGAUCGAUGCUGAAACCAUGAAAGAAGCCAUUCGCCGGCAAACAAUCGCCUGCAACUUUGUACCAGUCUUCAUGGGGUCUGCUUUCAAGAACAAGGGUGUCCAGCCUCUACUUGAUGGUGUCUCUGCUUUUCUGCCACAACCAUCUGAGAAACCCAACUAUGCCCUGGAUCGCAGCAACAACGAAGAACCUGUUCAGGUUUCAUCCAAAAACAAUGAUCCACUGCUGGCCCUCGCAUUCAAACUCGAGGAAACACCAUACGGACAACUCACGUACAUGCGAAUCUACCAGGGAAUGAUCAAGAAAGGUAACUACAUUCACAACGUCAACGACGGCAAAAAAGUGAAACUAGCUAGAAUUGUACGCAUGCAUGCGGACGACAUGGAAGAAAUCACCGAAGCAGGGGCCGGAGAGGUUUGUGCCAUUUUUGGUGUUGACUGCAAGUCCAUGGACACCUUCUCUGAUGGCGACAUGUCGCUGGCUAUGAGUUCCAUGUUUGUGCCUGACGCUGUCAUGAGUCUGGCCGUCAAACCAAAGGAAUCCAAGAUGCAAACAAACUUUGGAAAAGCCUUGAACAAAUUCACAAAAGAAGACCCAACCCUAAGGCUUCGAGUAGACGACGAAACGAAAGAGACUAUCUUGAGUGGAAUGGGAGAAUUGCACUUGGAAGUCUACAUUGAACGAUUGUCCCGAGAGUACGGUGUUGAAUGUGUUACAGGAGCGCCAAAGGUAAACUACAAAGAGACCAUCACGACCAAGCAAAAGUUUGACCACUUGCACAAGAAACAAACAGGUGGACAGGGUCAAUAUGCACGCGUCAUUGGCUUCAUUGAACCGCUGCCGGAAGAGGAGCGAAAGGAGCUUGGACUGCCAAAUGACUUUGAAAACAGGCUAGUGGGCCAAAACAUCCCUCCUGAAUACCAUUCUAGUUGUGAGAAGGGAUCUCAGGAUGCCAUGGAAGAGGGGGCUCUGGUUGGAGCCGAAGCGGAAGGAGUGAGGGUUGUUCUUGAAGAUGGAGCGGCACAUGACGUGGAUUCGUCCGACAUGGCCUUUCGUACUGCUAUGGCUCGUGCUGUCCGUGACUCUAUGCGACAAGCCAAACCAAAGAUUUUGGAGCCGGUGAUGAGUGUGGAAGUGGAUGCUCCUGCAGAGUUCCAAGGUGCUGUAGUAGCCGCCUUGAAUCGGCGGAGUGGUAUGAUCCAGAACAGUGAUUUGAAUGACGACGGAAGCAGUGUGAAAAUCCUUGCCGAGGUUCCGCUCAACAACAUGUUUGGAUAUGCCACAGAACUGAGAAGUCAGACCCAAGGCAAAGGUGAAUUCAGCAUGGAGUACCUAAAGCACAUGCAAGUGCCAGCCAAUACACAGACAGAGCUGAUGAAGAAGUACAAGGAGGAGCAGGAAGCAGAGAAUGCUGCCUAGUAGGUUUUUGAGACGCUGGUGCCUGUGAUUUUUAAACUAAUACUGCAAGAUAGACAACAGCCAGCUUCGCUU